UCCCUAGACGCCUAGACGGAAGCCGGAGCCCGGAGCCAAAGAGGACGUAGCUUCGCAGUUGGUCGGGGCGGGUCGUCUCUGCAAUUAUAAGCUUGCGAAUUCGUGUAAUUUCAUAUUUUAAUUUUAGUGUAGAGCGACCCGAUACCUUACCCGACUUAAGUACUUAAAUCAGAUACCAUGUUACAUCUAAAGAAUAUUGCUAAAACAGUGGUACCGCCUCUAAAAAACACAAUCCAAAAUGAGGCAGUCAAUAAUAUGCUUAAGAUCACACCUGCUACAGUGAACGUUUGUUGCCGUACCUACGCGAAUCAUGAAAUCCCAGACAGGCUCAAGGAUGUACCAACAAGUGCAAAUCCUAGAUUCUUCGACAUGGUCGAGUAUUUUUUCCACCGGGCGUGUCAAGUGGUCGAAGACAAAUUAGUGGAGGAUAUGAAAUCCAGAGUUUCCAUUGAAGAGAAAAAGAAAAAAGUCGCUGGCAUUUUAAAAUUAAUGCAACCGUGUGAUCAUAUUCUCGAAAUCCAAUUUCCUUUACGACGCGAUUCUGGUGAUUAUGAAAUGAUUCUUGGGUACCGAGCUCAGCAUUCAUCACACAGGACGCCAACAAAAGGAGGUAUAAGAUUCUCAACUGACGUCACUCGUGAUGAAGUGAAGGCCCUGUCCGCCUUGAUGACCUUCAAGUGCGCCUGCGUCGACGUGCCCUUUGGUGGUGCCAAGGCCGGAAUCAAGAUCAAUCCCAAGGAAUACUCCGAACACGAAUUGGAAAAGAUUACGAGACGUUUCACUCUUGAGCUCGCUAAGAAGGGCUUCAUCGGGCCGGGUGUCGACGUACCAGCCCCUGACAUGGGUACAGGCGAACGUGAAAUGUCCUGGAUCGCAGACACUUACGCUAAGACCAUCGGCUACCAAGACAUUAAUGCACACGCUUGCGUAACGGGCAAACCCAUCAAUCAGGGUGGUAUCCACGGCAGAGUAUCAGCUACUGGUAGAGGAGUGUUCCACGGUCUUGAAAACUUCAUCAACGAGGCGAACUACAUGAGCAUGAUUGGCACGACGCCCGGCUGGGGCGGCAAGACGUUCAUCGUGCAGGGCUUCGGUAACGUGGGGCUGCACACGUGCCGCUACCUCGUGCGCGCCGGCGCCACGUGCGUCGGCAUCAUCGAGCACGACGGCGCCAUCCACAACCCCGACGGCAUCGACCCCAAGGCUCUCGAGGACUACAGGAUCGAGAACGGCACUAUUGUCGGCUUCCCCGGCGCUAAGGCCUACGAAGGAGAGAACAUGUUGUACGAAAAGUGCGACAUUUUAGUACCAGCCGCAGUCGAGCAGGUCAUCAACAAGGAAAAUGCACACAAAAUUCAAGCUAAGAUUAUAGCUGAAGCUGCCAAUGGCCCAACCACGCCAGCGGCAGACAAGAUUCUUAUUGACCGCAAUAUCUUGGUCAUACCUGAUUUAUAUAUCAACGCUGGUGGUGUGACCGUUUCGUUCUUUGAAUGGCUGAAGAACCUCAACCAUGUGUCUUACGGACGUCUUACGUUCAAAUAUGAACGUGAAUCAAACUACCACUUGUUGGAAUCCGUACAAGAAUCAUUGGAAAGACGUUUCGGUCGCGUUGGUGGACGUAUCCCCGUCACUCCUUCUGAGUCCUUCCAAAAGAGGAUUUCUGGUGCCUCCGAGAAGGAUAUUGUGCACUCUGGACUCGACUACACCAUGGAAAGAUCCGCUAGGGCUAUCAUGAAGACCGCUCUGAAAUUCGACCUGGGUCUAGAUUUAAGAACUGCAGCAUACGCUAACUCUAUCGAGAAAAUCUUCACCACAUACGCAGACGCCGGUCUCGCGUUCUAAACUCUCAUUUAAUUAUACGAAUUUAAGUAUUGUCUGCAUUUUAAAGACAUAUAGUCCCUUUGCACUUAAGUAUAACUUUUAAGACAUUAUAUUCACAGUAUUUUAUUGACUUUGUUGGAAUCAUGGCUUUUUAUUUGUAAACUUAAGUGAAGCUUUGUUAUUAAUUAUUAAAGUAAAUACUUCAACUUCCGAUUGUAUAAUCUUUAAUUUUCGAAAUAAAUUGUUUUACUGUUA